CAUCGCUGGACGACACGUUGCAGGGUUGAUUUCCUGUGACUUUUCUCUUAGACUUUCCUCCUCAUUCCCACAAAAUACCGUAACGAAUCACCCCAAUAUGAAGGCUUUGAUUCUUGUAGGUGGCUAUGGAACAAGGCUGAGGCCCCUAACUCUCUCUAGACCAAAACCUUUGGUAGAAUUCUGUAACAAACCCAUGUUGAUGCAUCAAGUAGAAGCCUUGGUUCAGCUGGUCCCCUUGCCUUGGCUCAUGACUACCUAACCACGGACUCAGAACCAUUCUUUGUGCUGAAUAGCGAUGUCAUCUGUGACUUUCCCUUCAAGGAAAUGGUUAAGUUUCACAAGGAUCAUGGAAAGGAAGGUACCAUCGUGGUGACCAAAGUGGAGGAACCAUCCAAGUAUGGUGUAGUUGUAUAUGAUGCCAAAACAGGACAGAUAGAGAAGUUUGUUGAGAAGCCACAAGUCUAUGUAUCCAACAAGAUCAAUGCUGGUCUCUACAUUUUUAGCCCAAAGAUUUUAAACAGAAUUGAGCUAAAGCCAACAUCAAUAGAAAAAGAAGUAUUCCCAUUCAUGGCAAAUGAUGGUCAUCUAUUUGCAUUUGACUUGAAAGGAUUUUGGAUGGAUGUUGGGCAGCCCAAAGACUUCCUAACAGGAAUGUGUAUGUAUUUGAACUCUUUACGGCACAAGUUUCCAGAAAAGCUUCAUGAAGGAAAUGGAAUAGUGGGAAAUGUACUUGUGGAUCCAACAAGCAAGAUAGGGGAACGAUGUCGUAUAGGUCCAAAUGUUGUCAUUGGACCAGGUGUUGUAAUCCAAGAUGGUGCAUGUCUGUCAAGAUGUGUUAUUCUACGUGAUGCUGUAAUCAAGUCACAUUCCUGGAUUCAGUCUUCUAUUAUUGGUUGGAAAUCAGAAGUUGGGCAAUGGGUUCGCAUGGAGGGUAUAUCGGUACUAGGGGAAGACGUUAUAGUUAAAGAUGAACUGUACAUCAAUGGCGGCAGGAUUCUACCACACAAGUCAAUAUCCAAUUCUUCACCUGAUCCACAAAUUAUAAUGUAAACAAAACCAUAGAGUUAUAUGAUCAAUCCAUGUAUUUCACAAUCAAUCUAUAGUAGGUUUUAUUUAAAUUCAUUCACUGAUAGUCUGGUAUGUACAGUAGGCGUGUGUAAAGUACCAAGGGGUGUGCAAUUGACCCAGUGGGAACUUGCAUUAAGAGACAAAACUGCAAGUCAACUAGGCAGCACGGAUUGAUUGUAAUUUUUACUCUUAGACUGCAACAUCUUACCAGCAACAUCUAGUAUAAAUACUCUGGCAAAGCACUGUUGCUAGUAUGGUGUUGCAUGUGCUUGGAAUUUUUAAUAGGGAUGCAAAUUGUGCUUUUGCUCACUUAGUCUUUUAGAUUUUCUAUCAACCAAUGAGAGGUGACCUAGGAGAACAAACUUAACCCAUUUCCACAAUCAAAUAUAUAAUCCAUAAUUUUUGGUUAAUUUUUUUCAAUGAAAGAAUUUAUUUUGAAA